UUUCGAUUAUCUCGUUAUCAAUAACCUACUGCCCCCGUCCUGACUCGGCACCCGUCUCUACUCCAAUCCACCUCCGCAUCCGCUAGUCUUCGCGGUCGGCAGGAGUGGCGAUGGCGUCGGGAGCGGCGGAGAAGGGGAAGGCCCUGGCGGACAGGUCGGAAUCGGUGGCGGAGAGCGCGGCGCGGCGGGCGCGGGAGUGGAGCACUUGGGCGAUGAAGAAGGCCAAGGUGGUGGCCCACUACGGCUUCAUCCCCCUCGUCAUCCUCGUCGGCAUGAACUCCGAGCCCAAGCCGAGCCUCGCCCAGCUCCUCUCCCCCAUCUAGGCCGCCUCGAUUGAGUCCCCGGCCGUCAGUGUCCAUACAUCAGUAUUCGGGAUGCUCAGGCAUGAUGACUGAAUUCACUCAAACCUUUACCAUUCUUCUUUCAGUGUGCAGGCAUCAGGAUUUGGGAACUGGGAUGCUCAGAUUUUUGUCAAAGAAGCUUUAUGGGCCUGAUAUGGUCAUUGCAUGGCUGGGAAUGAAUUAAUGGUACUUUACAUAGAUUCAAGGCAGGUGAGAAAUUUUCAAAUCCAAUACAUCAAUUGCUUGAUUGGACGAAUGGGUUGUUAGUUCUUUUGUCACGUCAGGAUGUUGCGAUUGUUGUUGUAUGCUUGUAGCGUAGCUCAUUGCUCAGAUCUUGCAUAAUAUCUAAUUAAUUUGUUUCAUGUAUGGAGGGUUUUAAAACGAGCAAUUUAAUAAGGAGGUGAUAUUUUUUUCAGCACCUUUGUCACCCUCUUCUGUAAUUAUGAUAGUAGCUGUAGGUACAUGGGUAUGAGUGUCCAAUCCGUCAGUAUAAUAAACUAGAUGGUAUUCUUCAGCAAACUGUGAUGGGUGACAUAUGUAUGUGCAGUUUGAGCCAUAAUUUACUUUUUGCAGUUUCAUUGUC